CGGUGGCUACUUUUUAGCGGAGCCACGUCUUCAUUAAGCAGUAGUUCUCCGAUAGUUAGAUGCGUUGGGUGCAGUUACAAAGGAGCUCGGAUAAUUUCACGAUGCUACCUAAAAUUUUCGUUUUUGUUAGUUUAUUAUUCCUAAACGUUUAUGCUUCCGAAAGUGAUGUUCUUGAAUUAACUGACGAUGAUUUCACGGAUGAACUUAAGCGUCAUGAAAAUGCACUUGUCAUGUUUUACGCACCAUGGUGUGGACAUUGUAAACGUUUAAAACCUGAAUAUGCAAAAGCUGCUGAACUUCUUAUAGGUAAUGAUCCUCCAAUUACAUUUGCUAAAGUUGAUUGUACAGAAAGUGGGAAAGAAACAUGUAAUAAGCAUUCCGUCAGUGGAUAUCCAACAUUAAAAAUUUUUGCAAAUGGGGAUUUGGUUGGAGAUUACAAUGGACCUAGAGAAGCGCCUGGCAUUGUUAAAUAUAUGAAGGCACAAGUUGGUCCAGCAUCAAAAGAAUUAGUUAGCGAAGAUUGUCAAAAGGCAUUCUUAGAUUCUAAUGAAGUAGGUGUCAUAGGUUACUUUCAAUAUGAUGAUUCAUCAUUAUCAGUUGCAUUCCAUGAUGUCUCAAAGAAACUCAGAGAAAAGGUUAGAUUUGCUCAUACGUCUGCAAAAGAACUGUUAGAAAAAGAAGGUUUGAUGAACAAUAUUGUUUUAUAUCGGCCAAAAUUACUUCAUAACAAAUUUGAACCAGAUAGUAUUAAAUAUGAAGAUCGUGAUUCCUUUGGUGAUGUCUAUAACUUUAUCACACAGAACUACUUUGGAAUUGUGGGUGUCCGUAAUCGCGAUAAUGCAGCAGAAUUUAAAAAUCCAUUAAUUGUUGCUUACUACAAUGUAGAUUAUGUAAAAAAUCCAAAGGGUACCAAUUAUUGGCGUAAUAGAAUUCUGAAGGUUGCAAAAGAUUUUACUGGCUUUAAUUUUGCCAUUUCUUCCAAAGAUGAUUUCCAACAUGAAUUGAAUGACUUUGGCAUUGACUUUGUAAAAGGUGAUAAACCAGUUGUUCUGGCAAGAGAUGCACAAAAUCAGAAAUUUGUUCUUAAAGAAGAAUUUUCUGUUGAAAACUUUGAAAAGUUUGUGAAGGCAUUAGAAGCUGGUAAAUUAGAACCAUAUCUGAAAUCUGAACCAGUUCCUGAAGAUAAUGAUGGCAAUGUGAAAGUUGCGGUAGCAAAGAACUUUGAUGAAAUUGUUACAAAUAAUGGCAAAGAUACAUUAAUUGAAUUUUAUGCUCCUUGGUGUGGUCAUUGUAAAAAGCUUGCGCCUGUUUAUGAUGAAUUAGGAGACAAAUUGGCUAAUGAAGAUGUUGAAAUUGUGAAGUUUGAUGCCACAGCUAAUGAUGUUCCAUCGCCAUACGAAGUUAGAGGAUUCCCAACACUUUUCUGGGCACCAAAAGACUUUAAAGACAAACCUGUUAAAUACGAAGGUGGCAGAGAAUUAGAAGAUCUUAUUAAAUAUAUUGCUAAGCAUUCUACUAAUGAACUUAAAGGUUACGACCGUAAGGGUAAAGCCGUUAAAGCUAGAAACGAAGAGUUGUAAUUCUUUUACAAUUUUUAAUUAAUUGUUUAAUGCAUUUUGAAAAUCACCUCAGCUUCAAAAAAUGAAAUGAAAUUCUUUUGUAUAAUUCAUUCAUUUACUACCAUAAUUAUGACAAAGGACAUUAGUCAUAGAAAUUAAAUAGUAAGUUAUCUCUUUUUAAAUAUUAUAAAAAAGGAUACAAUGUAUGAAAAAGUGAUCAUAGGAUCUUUAAUAUCGUAUACUUGUUUAGAAAGGAAGAAAUUAGGAAGAACUGAAAAAUAAUAAUAGGUUGUGUCACGUAUACUUUGUACCAUUGCGUAAAGGUAUAAAAAAUUAAGGAAACUUGUCCUUAUUUUUUUUCAUAACUAAGUAUUGAUAAAGUAUCAAUGCUUUUUCCAUUUCUGGGUGUCAGACUGUGCUUUAGGUUAAAUAUGAUAUUAAUUUUUGUUUACAUGAAAGAGUGAUAAUAAAUUGUUUUAUACGAAAUGCGAAUGUAAUUAUAAAAUAAAUCUGUUUACUCUUUGUAAUACCUAA